GUUUCACAUCCGUAAGAGAGCGGCAAGGCGAAGUAGUGCUAAGUAGGCAAAGAAGUCUCGCGCGCGAACUCGGUACGCUGCAGCCGAUGACCGCAUUCAUGAGUUUUUAUUAAAUAGUGAGUGUGCUGUCGUGUUCUCCGUUCCGCUGUGUUUACGAAAAUGCUGUAUAGGUGAACCAUCUUAAUAAGUGUUGUGAUUGUGAUUGUAAUCUAUCUGUUCUAUCCUUUAUUGUCUAUUAAAGGUUUAAAAAAAUGCCUUGCUCAGCAGUAACUUUGUCUAUAGCGACUAUUACAGCAAUCGUGGCUGCUGCUUUAAUGGCCAUAGCCUUCUCAACAGACAAUUGGCUCUAUAUAGAAGUAAAGCGAUCUAACAUUCAGUCAUACGCUGCGGAGAACUCGGCGGGCAACUCGCAGGUCAUCCUCGACAGCUUGAACAACAAAUAUUUCUUCUAUACCAGAACGAGAGGUCUUUUCCGCAUCUGCUACCCGAAAGAAAGACCGCCUACAGUUGAAAUCUACCUGUCGCCGGUGGAGACUCACUGCAGUAAUGUAGACUACUUCAUUCCCGACGAGAACAACGAAACCAAAGGCCUCUCAGACGAUGCAAUGAACAGGCUACAUAUGGCUCGGUCAACGGUGGCGUUGUUCAUUGUGGCGUUCUUGACGUUGUUCAUUGCUUUCUGGACGGGCGUCGUCGGCUGCUGGAAGCGCAGUCCCGGCAACAUCACCGCCACCGCUAUACUGAUGCUCGUCACAUGUCUGCUGUCGGCGGGCGCUAUGGCACUGUGGCACGGGGUUGAGUUUUAUGAAAAGGAGAAGGUUGUAGGAGAGGAGUUCUAUCAACAAUGGCCCAACGUACUAAAAGACAACUCAUCGAUAUGGUACGACUGGUCGUACAUCCUCGCCUGGUUGUCUGUGGGCGUCUCCUUCUCCAGCUCCAUAGUAUUCUUCUCUGCCGCCAUUUGUCUCUGCAAAGAAAAGCGCCGGGAACAGCAGAAUAAUGUGCAGUACAUUAUGCCAGUAUACCCACAAAAGCAGCAGUACGCUUACGCCGGAUACCCGCCGCCCGCGGCGUACCCCGGCCCCUACUACCACGGCUCGCAGUACGGGCCCUACAACUACUGAGCACGCGACCAGAUCCCGGA